UGCCUGGUUGAGCAUUUGGGAGAAAAGAAGGGGAUUGGAUGUUAAUAUUUACUAUCCCUACUAUUAUUUUUCUUCAAUUUUAAUUUCCAUUGUUUUUAAUUACCGAUACGAGAAAGGAGGACGACGGAAGAAAGAACUCGAAAUUUUCAAGCUCCGCCAGCCUUCCAAAAUGUCUCCCGCGAAAGAAGACGACUUCGUGUUGACCCUAUCAGACGAAGAGGAGAAUAGGAUAAUUGAAGAUGGCGAUGAUGACGCUUUCGAUGCCGAGAAAUCAUUAUCAACAAAGAAGCGCAAGAGGGGAACUGAAUCGGUCGAGGUAUCGAAAGGCAAGAACAAGAAGCAGAAACAGGAGACGGAACAAUUGAAGAAGAAUAAAAAGAACAAGAAGGAGGUAGUUAGGAGCAAAAUUGGCAGGAACAAUGCUGCGGAAUCCGAAGAAAGUGGCGAUGAAGACGAAGAGGAGGAAGAAGAGGGAGAAGCUAUAAAUGAUGGCUCUUUGAAUCCGGAUUUCGAGUUCGAUAUUGGCAAUUCUGUUGCUAAUGGAGUCACUGAAGGCUUUUAUGGCUGGGGUUUAGGAGAUGAGAAGGAAGAAUCCCGGAAUGGGAACAAGAAGGCUGUGGACAUUGAUGAGAUUAUAUCUAAGCGGAAGGCGAAGAAAGAUGCCGAGUCGGGGAAAAAGCAGAAGAGGGCUAAGGAAGACCGAGAAGUAGAUGGAAAUGAAGAGGGUGGUGCGUCCGAUGAUGAUUACGGCAUGUCUGUCGAUUUCCAAGAUGAUGAAUUGCUAGCUGCGGACGGAUUUGGAAUGGGUGCUGUGAGCGAGGAGGAGAGUGGUGAUUCGGAAUCUGAGGAUGGAACUGCCUCUGAUGAUGACGAGAAGAAGGAUAAGAGAAAGGAAUCAGAGGAUGAGGAGGACAGUGCUUCCGACGAUGAUUCUGUUGCAACACCUGUUGCUCACCCAGAUGAUAUCACUUCAGACGACUCAGACAAUGAAAGCGAGGUCGACGCAGCCGAGGAGGAGAAGCGAAAAGCCUUCUUCGCACCACAGGAGAAGACCGAUGAACAAUCCGCGCUUGAGUUAUCUAAUGGUGCAUUUCAAGACUUCAACCUGUCCCGUCCUAUCCUGCGCGGCUUGACAUCAGUCGGUUUCACGAAGCCAACCCCAAUUCAACGGAGAACAAUACCCGUUGCCCUUCUAGGGAAGGAUAUCGUUGGAAGCGCCGUCACCGGUUCUGGAAAGACAGCUGCCUUCGUGGUACCGAUUCUAGAACGUCUACUGUUCAGGCCUCGCAAGGUGCCAACCAGCCGAGUGGCUAUCCUGAUGCCUACGCGUGAACUGGCAGUGCAAUGCUACAACGUAGCAACCAAACUGGCGACAUAUACCGAUAUUACAUUUUGUCAACUUGUUGGUGGGUUCAGCCUGCGAGAGCAAGAAAAUGUGUUGAAGAAGCGACCAGAUGUAAUCAUAGCCACACCUGGACGUUUCAUCGAUCACAUGCGAAAUUCUCCCAGCUUCACCGUCGACACGCUUGAAAUCUUGGUUCUCGACGAAGCCGACCGGAUGCUAGAGGAUGGUUUUGCUGACGAGUUGAAUGAGAUAUUGACGACGAUACCAAAAUCACGGCAGACGAUGCUUUUUUCUGCAACGAUGACAGACACGGUGGACAAGCUUAUUCGAGUAGGCCUUAAUCGCCCCGUGCGUCUAAUGGUUGAUGCGAAGAAGAGCACAGCUGGGAAGCUAGUCCAAGAAUUCGUGAGGCUACGACCGGGACGAGAGGAUAAACGAUUGGGUUGCCUCCUUCAUUUAUGUAAGGAGGUUUACACGGGCCGAGUCAUCAUUUUCUUCCGACAGAAGCGCGAAGCGCAUCGUGUGCGGAUUAUUUUUGGACUACUAGGAUUCAAGGCUGCAGAGCUGCAUGGUAGCAUGAGCCAGGAACAGCGUAUUAAAAGCGUCGAGGCAUUCCGAGAUGGAAAGGUGGCUUUCCUUCUCGCUACAGAUCUGGCAUCUCGUGGUUUGGAUAUCAAGGGAGUGGACACCGUGAUCAACUACGAGGCACCACAGACACAUGAGAUCUACCUUCACAGAGUCGGUCGUACCGCUCGUGCAGGCCGUUCCGGCCGUGCAUGUACCAUUGCUGCAGAGCCAGACCGCAAGGUUGUGAAGGCGGCUGUCAAAGCCGGCAAAGCCCAUGGCGCUAAAAUUGUCAGCCGACUCAUCGAUCCAGCGGUUGCGGAUGACUGGGCCGCGAAGGCUGAGGCAAUGGCAGACGAAGUUGACGCCGUGUUACGCGAAGAGAAAGAAGAAAAGCAACUGGCCCAAGCCGAAAUGCAGGUGAACAAGGGGGAAAACCUAAUCAAAUACGGGAAGGAGAUUAUGUCGCGGCCCAAGAGGACGUGGUUCGAGAGCGAGCGGGAAAAGCGCGAGGCGCGCAAGAUGGGAGCUGUCGAGCUCAACGGGCUCGAUGCGGCGGUGUCGGUAAAGGAGAAGAAGAAGCUUAGCAACAAGGACAAGAAGCGGCUGGAUGAUAUGCGACAGCGACGCGAAGGAAAUAUAGGAUGGAAGAAGGGCAGGUCGGAACGUGAGGCACCCAAGAGCAAGGGCAAGGGCAAGGGCAAGACGCAGAAGGACAGGAAAAAGGGUAAGAAAUAGGGGUAUAGAUGUAUGCAUAUACGGGAAUUGUAGAUUGUUUAUUACAAACUUGACGCUGCUGAUAUCGAUCAGCUAGUUGGAUUAUGGCCAUUGGUCAUCGUGCAGAAUACCUACACAGCGAGGAUAGAACAUCGUUAUAUAUUUUGUAGUAUGGGGCAUAGUGUCAGUCUCGAAUAUGUUUC